AUGAUCAACGACUCAUACGGGCACCGGCGCAUCUCGGACCGCGAGGUCGCCAGCAGGCUGUCGCACGGGGACCGGGGCAGCUGCGCCAACCGGGUGCUGCACCUGGCCUUCCGCGACGGCGCUCUGGCCGGGUGCUGCUCCUCGACGAUCCAGCCGGGGUCUGUGUUCACCUGCUGUUGCUGCGGCCACUGGGGCCUCCUGGCCGUCGCCCGCGAGGCGCAGGGCGCCGGCGUGGCCUCCGCGCUGGUCGCCGCCGCGGAGCGGAGGCUCGCCGCCGCCGGCUGCGCGGCCGUGCAGAUCGAGUACGAGUACGAGGUCGGCGACGAGUUCUCCGAGCGCCUGCGGCAGUGGUACGAGGGCAGGUUGGGCUUCCGGUGCCUGAGCGGCGCUCCGGGGUCCGCCGCCGGGCGCCGGGAGUUCCGCCUCUGCCACAAGCUCGUGCGGCCCACGGGCUGCUCCCACUGCUGCCACCUCUGCGGCGAGCACCUGUUCCCGAAGCAGCGCGUGGAGGGGCUGAGCCACCGCCGCCUGGAGGCCACGGGGCUACGCCGCUUCGAGCACCUGCCGCCUGGGUACACCCUGGAGAGGGCAGACCUUGGCGGCGGCUCCUUCGCGAAGGUGUUCCUCGUGCGCAACGACUUCACGGGCGACCUGCAGGCCCUCAAGCGGGUGGACCGCGAGCGGGCGUCCAGGCACUUCGGCAUGGACGACGCGCAGGUGAGCUCCAUGAUCGAGCAGGAGUUCUGGCACAUGCAGCGCACCACGCACCCUCACAUCAUCAAGCUGUUCGACUUCUUCCAGGACGCCAGGUACGCGUACUAUGUCAUGGAGGCUGUGAACGGUGGGACUCUCAAGGAGCUUGCGGAGAACACGUACGGCAAGGCCGGGAAGGGCCAGCCACGGGGAUCGCAGAAGCUGAGCGAGGCGUACGUCGCCGAGAUGCUGCAGCAGGCGGCCUACGCGCUGCACCACCUGCACGAGGACAGCAGGAUACACAUGGACGUGAAGCUCGAGAACCUGAUGCUGCUUGCGCCUGACGGCCCUCCGCACCUGGUGCUCAUCGAUCUGGGCAUCGUGGAGAGCUUCACG